UUUUCCACGCGUCCUCCAACCCUAAUUUCUCGCUACUUCUUCGAUCCGUUUUGGAACGUUUCUUCGUAGCAGUUACUUACUGUUCAUGCCAGCUGAGAAACAGCGUUUUGUCGACUCGGUUUUAUCCCGGUCAUAAAUUCGGAACACGAUUGCUGAAAUUUCCUUAGUCACUACUAGUUCGUUUUAGGAUCAGUGUAAUGUAAUGUAAUGUAAUGUAAUGUAAUGAGCGUAGUUGGAUGUUGAGUCUGAAAUGUGGUGGUAGCGUUAGCACUUUUGGUUUGGUUUUCAGAGCGAAAGCUAUGGGCUGUAGAACUGUACCUGUUCUUAAAGUAUGUUGUUGUCCUUAUUGAGUAAGCGCUCAUUGGAGGUUGAUUCCAGGGAUUCUUAUGGAUUUGCAUUAAGGCCUCAAUACGCUCAAAGAUACAAGGAGUAUUCUUACAUCUACAGGGAGGAGGAAGAUGAGAGAUCAGAUAAAUGGAGUGACUUCCUUGAACAAUUAGGCGAAUCAUCUCAACCAACUUUUGAGAAUGAACAUGAAGUAACAUUGAAUGCUGAACCCGGAAGUAACAAGGUAAAAGAAGAGAGAAAUCCACAUAGGCUAAGUAAUGGGGAUGAUUCAAGUAGGAGGAAUUUUUCUGAUUUAGAAGAAGAGACUAAUGUUGUCAGGGUUAGUGAAGUAUUAGAGAAAGGUGACUCGAGUGACAGGACGACAUCUGGAGGUACUGAGAUAAAAGAGGGUACUAGUCCAGAGAGGGUUAGUGAGGGGGAUGAUUCAAGUGGCAGGAAUUUUACUUCUGAUAGUACAACAGGAAAUAACUCUGGAAAGGAUCUGCACCAUUCAGAAGACAGAAAGACUCGUAAGGUUCAACACUGGGCUGAAAUUAGGCCAUCUCUUACAGCCAUUGAAGAAACAUUGAGUUCUCGUGUAAAAAAGAGGAAAACAAUGCAAGGUGCACAAAUAAAUGGUAAUAACGAUCAUCUUCCAUCUAUAGAAGAAUCUGAACCUGUAGAUGAUGGUAUCAGUGGCUCAAGGGCAGAAAAUGCUUUUGUAGAUCAAGACUUGCCUGAACAUUUCUCGCGAUGGAAAGAACUGGAAUCCCUUGUUCAAGGAGGUGUCCCAAAGGAUCUUAGAGGAGAGGUCUGGCAAGCCUUUGUAGGUGUGAAGACACGGCGGGUGGAAAGUUAUUACGAGGAUCUGUUAGCUCGUGAUGAAAGUGAAGAACAAGAUGUCCCAUCUGCUGCUUUUGGGAAAUGGAAAAAGCAGAUUGAGAAGGACUUACCACGAACUUUCCCAGGUCACCCUGCUUUGGAUGAAAAUGGCAGAAAUUCCUUGAGGCGUUUACUCCUAGCAUAUGCCCGGUAUAACCCCACUGUUGGGUACUGUCAGGCAAUGAAUUUCUUUGCUGGUUUAUUGCUACUUCUUAUGCCAGAAGAAAAUGCCUUUUGGGCAUUUGUUGGCAUUAUUGAUGAUUAUUUUGAAGGCUAUUAUACUGAGGAUAUGAUAGAAUCCCAAGUGGACCAGCUUAUUUUUGAGGAAUUGGUGCGUGAAAGAUUUCCUAAACUGGGUUUGUAUUUAUUAUCUUUGCUCUUGAGUAAUCUUCUUGUAAUUGUCUUUAUGAAUCAGUUUGGAUAUUUUUUUUAUUCUACUGAUGCUUUUGGUGCAGUUAAUCAUCUGGAUUACUUGGGAGUGCAGGUGGCAUGGAUAUCUGGACCAUGGUUUCUAUCAAUCUUUGUAAACAUAAUUCCUUGGGAAAGCGUUCUUCGAGUUUGGGAUGUGCUACUUUUUCAAGGGAACCGUGUUAUGCUAUUUCGAACAGCACUCACACUAAUGGAAUUAUAUGGUCCUGCAUUAAUUACAACAAAAGAUGCAGGUGAUGCAAUUACACUGUUGCAAUCACUUACUGGCUCAACAUUUGAUAGCAGCCAGCUUGUCUUUACUGCUUGUAUGGGUUAUCUAAAUGUGACUGAGGCCAGAUUAAGGGAACUGAGAGAAAAACACCUGCCAUCUGUAUUAGGUGUCAUUGAAGAAAGAUCAAAGAAGGGACGAGUAUGGAAGGACUCCAAAGGGCUUGCAACUAAACUGUACAGUUUCAAGCAUGACAGAGGAUCACUGGUAGAGGAAAGAAAAGGCACUGAAGGAAGUGAUACAGUAGCUGAUGGGAAUGUGCAGUUGGAGUCCCAUUCCUCUAAUUUCGAUGAACUGCUCAAUAGCCUCAAUGUUGAUUCAGAAUUGGAUGCCCUACCAGAUCUCCAGGAUCAGGUGGUUUGGUUGAAGGUUGAGUUAUGCAGAUUGCUGGAGGAGAAAAGAUCUGCCAUACUCAGAGCAGAGGAGCUAGAAACAGCUUUUAUGGAGAUGGUGAAGGAAGAUAAUCGUCUUGAAUUGAGUGCAAGGGUUGAGCAAUUGGAGAAGGAGGUAGCUGAGUUACAACACAUCAUUGCUGAUAAGAAAGAACAAGAAGCUGCCAUGAUGCAGGUCCUAAUGCGACUAGAGCAGGACCAAAAAGUUACUGAAGAAGCUCGCAGAAGAGCAGAGCAAGAUCUUGCCGCUCAGAAAUUUGAAGUUCAUGCGCUUCAGGAAAAGUAUGAGAAGGCCAUGCAAUCAGUUGCUGAGAUGCAGAAGCGGGUUGUUAUGGCAGAAAGUAUGUUGGAGGCUACCCUUCAAUAUGAAUCUGGUCAAUCCAAAGCACUUUCUUCUCCUAGGGCUGGUCGUGGACAAAGCCCAAGGUCAGACAACUCCCGGAAAAUUGGUCUGCUAAGUUUUGGACUUGGCUGGCGUGACAAAAACAAGGGCAAACCGAAUGCUGAGGAAUCUAGCCAAAGUGUGCAUAACAAUGGCUCUCCAGGAAACGAAUCAGAUAAUCAAGAAUCAGAUAGAUAGAACAUGCAGAGCUGUGCCACUGGAACCCUACCCGGUGCUCUCUUGUCUAUUUAGAAAUUCUUUACUGUUUCUGAUUAUCACUGCCCAAUUUUUGAUGUUAAUUGUGUCGUAAAGUUAGGGGAGGAAUCCAAUGUAAGGAAUGUUUUAUAUAUUGAUAGGUCAAUUAGCUGUAGAAGGCACAUUCUGUCUGACACUAACACUCGCUGGCAACAUUUCUACGUUUGAAGUUAGGCACUUCUGUCUUUGGCACUAACACUAACAAUCUUGCAAAAACUGUGUUGAUCUGAUUUGUUAAUAAAUUGAGGCUGCAUUACCAUGGAUUAAUGCAUGCGA